AUGAUGCACCCGACCUCACGCGGGCCUUCGUCUCGGGUGGUGGCGGUGGAUCUCGGCGAGACGGAAGGUACUUACGACGAUGGCUGGAGAACGCCCGGUUCGAACCCGCGAUUGCCUGCUCCAGAGCCCCGAGCUCCGCAAACCGAGAGAGCUUCACGACCGCGCUCGUACUGGCGGAGGCGGUACGAGCAAUGGACUCGCAACGACGAGAACCAAGAGACUCAAUCGCGCAAGGCAUACGCCCCCGGGACCAUCGCCAUGCUGCCGAUGUCCAUGCAGAUCGCGUUUCGACGCAAGAUGCUGUCCAUCUUCGCGCUUCAGCUCAUGGUGCUCACGGCUCUCGUGGCUGCGUUAACGUACGAUUCCAAGCUGAGCGAGUGGACUCACGACACAUUCAAACGAACGGUGGACCUCCUGGGGCCCCUCGUAGGCUCAAUCGCAGCUCUCGGCGCAGUCUGUUUCGUUCGCACGCGGUUCCCGCUCAAUUGGUUGAUGGUGGCGGCUUUCAGUCUCGUACUCAGUCUGUUGGUAGCUGGUGUACAGACGUGGCUCGAUACUCCUGCAGGGCUCUUCUGCUGCGCGUUCACGUUCGUGACGGUGUGUAUCAUGAUCGUCCUCUCGGGGCUCUCGUACCGAUACCACGGAGACGCUAUUCCUUCAGGCCCCAGCACAGGUCAACAGCCAGACAGUGACGGAGAGAUGGUGCUGCGCUCGUCGCUAGUCUCCGGCUGCAUGGCGUUUGCGGUGGCUGCGAUCAUCUCGGGCAUCCUGUACGGCGUAGUGGGCGGCACGGACGACUUUGUGUCACUGCGAGCCUUGGGUUAUUCCUUGGCGUUGGAGCUCGUCCUGAUCGUGUGGUUCUCGUACGACGCCAGCAGCAUGUACAGCAUCAUGACGCCCGAUGAGUACAUGAGCGGCGUCGUGUACUUCUACGUGGACCUGAUCGUACUGACGUGCGCCGCCUUCUUCCUCGCAGGCGUCAUGUUCGUGGCCGCCAUGUUCUGCCCCACCGCGAGCUUCGGCUACUGCAACUGCAACGGCUGCUUGUGCUUCAGCCGCAACCGCCACGACGACGAGAACGAUGGUGCUGGAGUGAUCCCGUACGACGUCGAAGAGGACGGCACCAUCUCCUACGGCGUCAUCGAGACCGCCAGAGACGUAGAGCGAGGAUAA